AUGGCACCGGCUCUGCUGGCGUCAAUUCACCUUGCGAAUUAUACCAAUGCCUCGCAAGGUCUCAAUCCCACGACGCUGUCGUUUGUUGGCAACGUUUUCGCCAAAGUCACGCCGGAUACUGUCGACCUAGCCCUCACCCAUCUUCAGCAGUCGGUUGGCCGCUAUACAAACUACCUAGAUGUUGCGUCCCUGUCUUCGCUCGACGAUGUCGUUUCCCUCCUCGACGCCGGUGCCGCUAAAGUCUUCGUGACCCGCCAACAACUCGAUGAGCUUCUCGCACGAAAGAUUUCACAGGACAGGCUGGUGUUGGCGCUUCCCGGAAAUACAAAGGAGGAGGUGAUAGAUGCUAUCGGGGGCACACAGGUCGAUGUCUACUCCCAAGGAAGGGACAUCGGACUGGUGGAGGCAUGGCUGAAGGAGUACGGAACGGAUAGACCUGAUGUCUUUGUCCCGUUCGCUUCCCCGGAUAUGGAGAGUGUCUUGCGGAUAUCGAAACUCUCGGCCAUUCCUGUGAUACCGGCUGAGCUGCUCACUGUGGAUCCCAAGACAGAGACCGGACUGCUGAGCGUGGCUAAACUCAUCCUGUCGGAUGCGACGAGCGACCGUCCCGAUGGUCUGUUUACCACGCUGGUUACGGACGAGCGUGGUGUUGCUCUUGGUCUAGUAUACAGCAGCGAGGAGAGCGUGGCUGAGAGUCUACGGACUGGGAGGGGUGUAUAUCAGAGCCGGAAGCGGGGCUUGUGGUAUAAAGGGGAGAGUAGUGGGGAUAUUCAGGAGCUGGUUUCGAUAUCGCUAGACUGCGAUAACGAUUGCUUGAGGUUUGUGGUACGGCAAAAGGGCAGGGGAUUCUGCCACCUGGCCACCUCGACCUGCUUCGGCGAUUACACUGGUCUUUCGCGGCUUCAGCAAACACUCCAGAGCCGCAAGGCAUCCGCCCCGGAAGGGUCCUACACUGCACGACUCUUCAACGAUCCUCAGCUGCUAAGAGCAAAGAUUCUUGAGGAGGCGACCGAGCUGUGCGACGCAAAUACCAAAGAGGAGAUUGCUUUCGAAGCCGCCGACCUGCUAUACUUCGCUUUGACGAAAUGUGUAGCUGCCGGUGUCUCAUUAGAGGAUGUAGAGCGCAAUCUAGACGCGAAGAGCAUCAAGGUCAAGCGGAGAAAGGGCGAUGCCAAACCCGCAUUCGUAACACAACCGACACAUACUGCGGCACCCAGCAACGGUGCAAGCACAACUGAGAAAGUCAAGCAAGCCGCCUCAGUGCCACCGAGUCAAGGCGACGCUGCUGGCACCAAGGACGGAAAGAUUACCAUGAAGCGGUACAUUACCGCCAACGAAACCCCCAAGACCAUCCAAUCCGUCCUCCAGCGACCCUCCCAACGCUCCAACGAGAAGAUUGUGGGAAUCUGCCACCCCAUCAUCGAAGCCGUCAAGACGCGCGGAGAUGCCGCAGUCCUCGAGUACACGCACAAGUUCGACAAGGCGACUUCGCUGAAGUCACCUGUUCUUCGCGCACCGUUUCCUGAAUCCAUGAUGCAGCUCGCCCCCGAUACCAUCAAGGCCAUCGACAUCUCCUUUGAAAACAUUCGCAAAUUCCACGCUGCGCAGAUUGACAAGCCGCUCGUCGUGGAGACGAUGCCCGGUGUCGUCUGCUCGCGUUUCUCUCGACCGAUCGAACGCGUAGGCCUCUACGUACCCGGAGGCACCGCCGUUCUCCCCUCGACCGCCCUCAUGCUCGGCGUGCCCGCCAUGGUCGCCGGCUGCAAGAAGAUUGUCCUCGCAUCCCCGCCUCGUCCAGACGGCAGCAUCACCCCUGAAAUCGUGUAUGUCGCGCACAAGGUCGGCGCCGAAGCCAUCGUGCUCGCAGGCGGCGCGCAGGCCGUCGCCGCACUCGCCUACGGCACCGAGAGCAUAACCAAGGUCGAUAAGAUCCUCGGGCCCGGGAACCAAUUCGUGACUGCGGCCAAGAUGAUAGUGUCCAACGACACCAACGCCGGAGUCAGCAUCGACAUGCCCGCGGGCCCCAGCGAGGUGCUCGUCGUGGCGGACGCGACUGCGAAUCCGGUAUUCGUGGCUUCGGACCUGCUCAGCCAGGCGGAGCACGGCGUGGAUUCGCAGGUCAUUCUGAUCGCCGUGGGACUGAACGAGGCGCAGCUCGCGGCGAUUGAGGACGAGUUGCAUAACCAGGCCAUGGCGCUGCCGCGGGUGGAUAUCGUGCGCGGCUCGAUUGAGCAUUCGAUUACGCUGGUCGUGGACACGAUUGAGGAGGCGAUGCGGUUGAGCAAUGCGUACGCGCCCGAGCACCUGAUUCUGCAGGUGCGGGAGGCGGAGCGAGUGGUGGAGCUGGUGGAGAAUGCGGGGAGCGUGUUUGUGGGACCGUGGACGCCUGAGAGCGUGGGCGAUUACUCGGCUGGUGUUAAUCACUCGUUGCCGACGUUCGGCUACGCAAAGCAAUACUCUGGCGUCAACCUGGGGUCGUACCUCAAGCAUAUCACCAGCUCGAACUUGACGCAGGAGGGACUGAGGAAUGUCGGGGCGGCGGUGAUGGAGUUGGCUAGGGUCGAGGAGUUGGAGGCGCAUAGGAGGGCGGUGAGUUUGCGGUUGGGCGUGCCGUGAUGCAGUUAUUAUCUCUGCGGUUUGGACGUGUUGACUGGGUUUACGUUGUGUUGGCCUGCUGUUGAAAAAUGCGGAGGGGAGGGGAGGGGAGGGAUGGAGCGGUUAGGUUAUUGUACUUCUCGGGUCCGUGAUGGAGAGGGUAUAUGCACAUAUAGAUGGGAUGGCAGAUUGUAUGAAUGGUGCAAGACACGCUCCAGGAAGAUAUGAUUCUUUCCCACCUGCGGCGCCUAUGUUCUCCUGACUAUCUGAU